AUGUCGAACGGUCUGUCCUAUCCUGGACUCAAAUGUGUUCUGGAGUUUUUGGAAGCGAACAAAAGAAUCCACGUCUCUUCCCGAUGCCGACGUCUGAAAAACAUUGAGCGGUGUGUACCACUAUACUUGAAGACACUCCACUUUCGACCAAACGUUGUGAAGCUGAACGAAAUAGCGUAUGAAAUUGUAGAAAGAGAAGAGGAAAUAUCAAACCAUCCUGAUAUUGAAUUAAAUUAUGGUGAUAUUUUGUUAGGACCAGAUAGUCCUCUUUAUUCUCGAAUGUAUCCAUACAUUGAGUUUUCGAACGAAGCAAACACUUUUGUAGAGAGACGUGUGGAGGAAAACAAUAUGGAUGAAAUAAAAGACUAUGUGGUGCUCAGGAAAGUAAUUGAGGGAUUAAUGGGAGGAAGGAAGAGCAUUCGAGUAGAUCAACUGGAAUUUGAACAGUGUCACUCAACGAUUAUCCGUCUUCCAUCGAAUUUAAAAGUCCGAAUCAACAAGUUGGAUAGUGGGGAUGUCAAUCCGGAGUACCUUCUUCCUCUGAUAGAUUCUUCUAGUUUUCCGUUGAAAGAGCUCAGACUAAUAUUUCCGGAAACAUUAGAUCAGUCUAUUGUUCAAUCGGCAAAGAAAUUGGUCAUUUUGGUAACCGAAGAAUAUUCUCGCGAAUAUUUGAAUGAUAUUUUCAAGCUUCCCAAUAGAAGUGUGAUCACUGAAUUUACAUCACUGAAUGAGGAUACUUAUAGCAAUAUAAUUGAUUUCUGGUUGAAUAACAAACAAGUGACUGGAAAAUGUUUCAUUAUAAACGGAAAUAAGCCAAGAAUGACAGAAGCAGCAAUUGACUUGAUGAAGAAAUAUAAUGGAAAAAUGGUCAAGUGGAAUGGAACAGAGUUCAGAUCGAACUCUAACACCAACUACAUCUCAAUUCCGUUGAAUGAUGACUUUGUUAUUGGAAUUUAUGCAAUUUCUCAUGAGAGUUGGAAUCAUCAAAUUGUGAUGAAGCCAAUGCGAAUUGAUUCAUUCAUCCCAGCGGAAGAUUUCUCUGAAGUCAAAACACUUCUAGAAAUGAAGGCGCCGAAAAAUCCCAGACUCAUCGAGGAGUUAGCUUUCUGUGUUGUUGUUUUGAUUUCGCUUGUUAUCGUUUUGUUUAUCCCUGUUUCAUGUCUUCUCAUUAUUUUAAAAUUUGCCCCAAGCUCUACCCAAAACUGA